AUUUAAAUGAAACUUUGGCGACGUUACGCCACAUCUGAUAGACGCACGGAUCGGCGCAAUGGAACAGUAAUGUCAUUAUAGAUCAACAAGACAAAUAGAUCGGUGUUAACUCAUUUCCCAAGAAGAAAAAAAGAAGACCGAAUUAAAAGCUUGUUGCUGAACGUAUUCGUGAACAUUUGAUACAGCGUCCCUGGCUUUGAAACUCCUCCACACUGCAAUAUUCUUGAGUGAAACAGCAGCGAACAGCUAUAACGGUUUAGAGAGCAUGCCAGCAGUAACGCCUGAUAUCCUCGUAUUGACAUUGAUGGUAAUUUGUGUUGCUGGUAUGGUCAAUGCCAGGCCUAAAAUUGGACGAAGAUUUUGUGCGCAUUACCCCUUUGCUCCCAGAUGUUUGGGUGUGGCAGCAAAAAGGGACGGGGAGGAAGCAAACAAAAUACCUAGCAGAGGGCUACCGGACUAUGGAGAACUUUCCUCAAUUGUGUUACGAUCCAAAAAUGAAAUCGAUGAUAGUCCAGUUGACGUUUGGGACAGCCAUGAAGGAGGCAAUGACGUCAACAAAGCAGUCAUUGUGCCAAUAGGUGUCCUGAGUAAACUCCUUGGUACAAAACCAGCAGCAGAACUCAGUAAAGCUCAGAAGAGACGCCCAGACAUGUGGCUCGACUACGACACUGGUCGAGAGUAACCUCAAGAUGGCCAAAAACGCGAAUUGCCUUGUUCGGCAUAAAUGUGCUUUUCAAAGUCAGUCUUUUUGAAAAAACUAUUUUUCCUACUACACUUUCUUUAUCCAGAGAAGAAUGAGAGAUACAACAUAUCUUUCCCUUAAAAGAAUAUUUUCUUACCUACAUCAUGCAUAGCUUUAUUUCAGAAUACAGAUGAUAAAAGGUUUUUCCUCAUUAAAAUAUUUUCCUAAUUUUAGUAUGUUUUACAGAUAAGGGGAAAUUGCUACAUAAAUGUACAAAGAAUAUAUGAGUAUUUAUAUGUAUGUUAGACAUUAUUUUGUAAAAGUUUAAAUGUAUAUAUAUGAUUGCCUAGAUAGACAAAAACAUUACACACAAAAUUAGCAUUGAUUAUUGUAUUUCUGUGUCAUCUGAAAUAGAACAUAGCGAGACGUGCUUGUAUUGAAUUGCAUUGAUAUUUUCUAUGAAUGCGGGAAUUUGUUGAAAAUUGAAUAAAGAAAAGGAAUUGUUCUCCUA